CGCCUCUCAGUGCACUGUGGGCUCCCACUGUGCCACCACCGUGACACCAGAUUGCCAUGCUCGUGUCCAACGUGAGUCUGAGCGGCUGCGCAGGGGUCAACAGCGCUCUGUGCGCCGGAGCCGGGGAAGGGCACCAGGGGGGAGGCUCAUUCCGGAUCACCCUCAGCCCGACAGGGAACCUCAUUGUGGCUGUGUGCUUAGGCUUCAUCGGCACUUUCGGACUCUUGAACAACCUGCUGGUGCUAGUGCUCUUCUGCCGCUACAAGAUGCUGCGGUCGCCCAUCAACCUGCUCCUGAUUAACAUUUCCAUCAGCGACCUGCUGGUGUGCAUACUGGGAACUCCGUUCAGCUUCGCGGCGAGCACGCAGGGAAGGUGGCUCAUAGGAAAAGGGGGAUGCAUGUGGUACGGCUUCGCAAACUCCCUCUUUGGCAUCGUCUCCCUCAUCUCUCUAGCCGUCCUCUCCUAUGAGCGCUACAGCACCAUGAUCGCCCCCACUGAGGCAGACUCCUCCAACUACCGCAAGAUCUCCAUGGGCAUCGUCCUGACCUGGGUUUACUCCCUGGUCUGGACUCUGCCUCCUCUAUUUGGCUGGAGCCACUACGGCCCCGAGGGACCCGGGACCACCUGCUCAGUCGACUGGACGGCCAAGACGCCAAACAACAUCUCUUACAUCAUCUGCCUGUUUGUCUUCUGCCUCAUCGUGCCGUUCCUUGUCAUCGUGUUCUGCUACGGGAAGCUGCUGUAUGCGAUCCGACAGGUGAGCGGGAUCAAUGCAUCAAUGAGCAGGAAACGUGAGCAGCGUGUGUUAUUCAUGGUGGUGGUCAUGGUGAUCUGUUACCUACUGUGCUGGUUACCGUAUGGCAUCAUGGCCCUGCUGGCCACCUUCGGACCACCGGGCCUGGUCACGCCUGAGGCCAGCAUCAUACCGUCCAUCCUGGCUAAGACCAGCACGGUCAUCAACCCGGUCAUCUACGUCUUCAUGAAUAAACAGUUUUACAGAUGUUUCCAAGCGCUGUUCCAUUGUGAGACUCCUCGACGAGGCUCCAGCUUAAAGAGCUCCUCCAAACUUCCCACCAAGGCCAUGAGAGGUGGAGCGCCCACCGGCCCUCGCCGAUCCAAUGAUUGCCUGUAUAUGGUUGCCUCCCUGGGUCAACCAGCUGCCACAUUGCCCCAACUGGAGGCCUCCUUCGAACCCACCAUUGACGUCACUAAGGCUCCCUCCUCAGACUUCAACAAACCUGUGGUUGUAUCGCUAGUCGCCCAGUUGGAUGACUGAUGGUCAGCUCUAACCGUGGAAGUCUUCAAGUCCUGUGCCAGAAACUCAUCAAAAUUAAAGGUAGUGGGCUUGGACACCAGCAGCGUGCCAAUCCAGGUGGACAGCUUUACCUAGCCUCAUAGCGACGCUGGUCCGAGUUACAAAUGGAAAUCAAAGAUCGCCUUUGGGCGUCCAGAAAUCUGUACGGAGUUCCUCUGCAGAAAAAAGAAGUUCGACUGACUGAGAAUAUGCAUUUGAGAGAUGUUCUUGUAUUUGUUUUAUUUUAUUAUUACUUUUUUUUUUUCCUUUUUUAAUGCACUUUUUAGACAGUUGAUGUAAUAAAAAGAAAAGAUCUGAGGGGGAUUGUUUUGUUCAGUAUCAAAUGCUUGGUAUGGUUUUCAUUUUAAUAAAACCUCAUAUAAAAAGUCAGAUUAGAGGAAGAGGAA